AUGGGUUCGCUCUCGGCCGCAUCGUUUGCGCUCGUCGUCAUCCUUUCAGGGUACUUUGCGUCGCUCAGCCUCACCCCUCCCAAUGUGAAUCCAGCUGCGCAUCAAGCCUGGGGCCAAGAUAGCAUCCGCCUCCUCAUACAACCUGGACCCAUCAUGGUCGUCCGGCUGCUCGUCCUUGGCAUUGCACUUCAUCAUGCCGCCGUGGCCCUCAUGCUUCAUACCAAAGGCGCGGGCCGUGCACCCGACGACGGCGUGAAUCAUCGUCUGUUCAAAUGGACCGGCUUCACCUCGUUCAGCCUGUUCCUCAUGCUCUGUGUAGGGACCCCCUUGCGACUCUCUGCUUUUGGAGCCUUGGGCAGCCGCUUCACCUUUGGUUUGGCUCAGCCAAAUGAGCUCAAUACAAGCGGCAUCUAUCACUACAUCCAGCACCCUAGCUACACGGGAUUUCUCCUGAUAAUGAUUCCCUAUUUGCUGCUAUUCGUGCGUUGGGACGGCUCGGUGGUCUACUGGCUCCCGCGGCGCGUGCGUCGCUCGCUCGACGGAUGGGGCUUUGUCGGGUACGUUGCCGGGUUCGCAGUCAUUGCAUUGGGAGCUGCUUUGCGAGUCUCGGAAGAGGAGACCAUGCUGAAAGAGUCUUUCGGUCACAAAUGGGAGACGUGGAACAGAAACACGAAGCGAUUCAUUCCGGGUGUCUUUUAA